AUGACCCUGUCUUGGACACUCGGAUGUUCUUUGCUUGCCAUGGCAGCAGCUACGAGUUUGAGGGUCAGGUCCCUCUACUCGGCCACAGAUUGCAGUGGCACACCAUACGAAGAACAAAAGUUUGUUCAAAACACUUGCAUGCAAUGGGGAAGUGACUAUGUGACAUACACCUGCAACAGCACUACUGCGGUUUCGAACUGGUAUACAGAUGCAGCUUGCACAACUUACCGUGAUAAUUUCCCUAUUACCUAUGCUGAUGUUGGUGUAUGCGCGGAUGGUGUGAAGAGCACUUGUGGAGAUGGAACAUUUGCUGUCGUGGCCCAGUACAGUGAUAGCGCCUGUACAACCAAGACGAUGGACCGUAACAUGCUGGUCGAAUGCUGGGCUUCGGGUACCGCUACAACCCCGGCGUCGCAAAAGACUAGUUUCGGCGAUAUCCUCACCCACUCAACGUACACCAGCUCGGAUUGCACAGGAACUGCUGCAACAACUACUGAGAUGGGGUCCUGCGGCAAUUGCACCAGUGUUCCUGGCGUGGGCUACGUGAUGUGGGCUUGCACCGGUACAUCUUUGGCCAGUCCCAUGAAGUUGCACUUGCUUACGGGUAUGAUUGGCUUUGUGUUUCUGGUCUUGAACUUCUGA